GAUUAGUAGGAUGCCACAUCUACUUGGACGACACCACUCACGUGUCCGAGGAAUCAAGCAGAGAAGUUCAAGCUGUAGUGAAUUUUCUGAAAUCGCAGGUUGUCUUCCAAGAAUUGUGUGCGAGUCGGGUGGCAGUGCUUGCCCUUAAGAAUCAUAAGGUACCCACUAUGGGCCAAAUGAUUACAAUGUUGAAAAAACAUAAUAUGUUUGAAGUACUUUAUGGCUGGCUCCUUGCCAAGAUUGCUAGUAAGCUUGAGGUCCUUCCUGGCUCUGACUUUUGUGUGGGAUAUGAAGAAGCCAUCAAGUAUGGUGGCAGAGUAAUACUUGGUGAUCGCCCUGUACAGAUUACUAUGAGGAGAACAUGGAGCAAGAUGCCACUUCAGCAUAAGACAAAAUUGUUAUUCUCUUGUCUGUUUGGCAUUUGUGGCUUCCUGGUCUCUGUGGACAACACUACAUGCCAUAAUUGUACACUGAUCAAGGUUGAUAGUGUUAACAAACCUGAAAUUCUGCUGGAAGUCGUGCAAAUCUUGACAGACCUUGACUUCAUAAUUACCAAAGCAUACAUAUCUUCUAAUCGGGGAUGGUUUAUGGAUGGAUUACAGCUAGUGGUGGAUUUAGGACCUUUGAGUUGGUGGAAGCAACUUAUAAAGAUAUUAUUAAUGUACUAUCCAUACUGCCAUGCCGAGCUCGAGCUCGGUAUCACAGCGUGGAAUAACCUCGGGCACGCACUGGGAGAUCUCGGCCUAAGCGAGAUCCGCAAUCUAAUUAGAUCAUAACUGAUCUCGGAGAUCUCGCUCCAGAUGAGAUCCGCAAUCUAAUCAGAUCAUAACUGAUCUCGAAGAUCUCGCUCAAGAUGAGGUCCGCAAUCUAAUUAGAUCAUAACUGAUCUCGGGGAUCUCGCUCCAGACGAGAUCUACUAUCUAAUCAGAUCAUAACAGAUCUCAGGCCCAAGGCCCAACACAACCCUAAUUCACACAAAGGUACGUGCAUUAUUUAUCCGAGACUCAUACUCCCACAAACACUAACUUGAGCAUCGGAGUCUCUUUUGCAGGUACCACCCCCAUCUUGGAGCAUCAGCUUACCAGUGGAGGAGGCUCACUAAUCUUACUUGGAAGAUCGUCCCUAUGACAAAUUCCGGUAAGAACAAUUAAUAUUAGAUAAAGAAGAAGAAAAAGACUUAAGAGUAGCUCCAACGAUAUUUUUUUAUUACAAAAACAGUAGUAAAAUCUGUAAAAGUUGAAUUUGUGUGGGGCAAUACGUCUUUGAUUCCAUUAUGAGAAACAGGGUGCAAGGAAGAGCACAGCUCUUCAAAAAAAUUGUGAGCCCAUGAUAUGAAAUAUAAUAUCAAAAUAUAUUAU